AUGCCUGACCGCCUAGCCGUGGCAUCCCGCGAAAGAGCCAAUGGGCCUUGCAAGAGUCACUCAGCGGAGGAGAUCCUCGAGACAGUCCCGCACUCGCGCGAUGUUCUGGAAACCGGACAUGGCCUGCUUGCCUGCAGUGUCGAUCGCAGUCACAUUCGUCCCACUGGUAGAGAUCGUCGUGCGAUGGCCUGCCAGGACUGGCUUGAGCGCAAGGCGCCGGGGGCGGGGGCACCGAAGCCGGGCCUCAGCUCGUCUGGAUGUGCCUCCUACGCCCGUCGCUGUUCUGAAGCACGGGAGUCGAGUUCUACUACAUCAUGCAAGAGCGUGCUGAUUCAGAGAAAUGCCUGGGCGAUUCUAGUCGAAAAAGAGGACCAUCGACGAUGA